GUGCUGAUGGCAGAAUCUGCACUCCUAAUGUCAACAGCGCCCCCUGUGGAAGGCACGCCCGUGGUGCCAAAUGUCUCGGGUCUCCUGGACUUGGCAGGCAAUGACAACGGCACAGCUGAGAGAUGCUUCCGGGCACACUCUCGCAGCAGUGUCCUCCAGGGUCUCCCCUUUGGAGGGAUACCCACGGUCCUGGCCAUCAACGUGGUACUGUGGAUGUUCCUUUUGCUCAUCUUCUCCUGCCUGAGGAAAGCUGCUUGGGAUUACGGCCGCCUGGCUCUGCUGAUGGACAAUGACAGCCUCACGUCCCUUUUCUACGGAGAACCGAGCGAGAAGGAGAAGUCACCCUCAGAGUCAAGCCCUUCUGACUCCGAAACCAAGGACAUGGGCUUCUGUUCAUGGCUCACAUCUCUUUACCAUAUGAAGGACGAGGAGAUCCGCAGCAAGUGUGGCGUCGAUGCCGUGACUUAUUUGUCAUUCCAGCGCCACAUCAUCCUGCUCAUGACCGUGGUGUGCCUGCUGUCUUUGGCAGUGAUCCUACCAAUCAACUUCUCCGGGAAUCUCUUGGGAGACAGCCCUGAGAACUUCGGAAGAACAACACUGGCUAAUGUUAGCGCGAAGGACAGCUUCCUGUGGCUGCACGCCAUAUUUGCGUUAGUUUACUUCAUCAUCACGUUCCUAUGUAUGGCUCACCACUCCAUACGGCUGCAGUACAGAGAAGAUGAGAAGGUUGCAAGAACACUGAUGAUCACAUCCAUACCGAGAGAAAUUUCAGACCCAGGAUUGAUUACCAAACACUUACAUGAGGCUUAUCCCAGUUGCACCGUCACCGACAUCCGGUUCUGCUUUGACAUCAACAAACUAACCAGGCUGGACUUGGAGAGGCGCAAGGCGAUGAAAGGCAGACUAUACUUUGCCACCAAAUCCCAAAAGGAGGGAAAGAUCAUGAUGAAAACCCACCCGUGUGCGCAGAUAUUCUGCUGUGACAUUUGUGGCUUUGAAAAGGUGGAUGCAGAACAAUACUACAGCGAGUUAGAAGAGAAAUGGACAGAUGAAUUCAAUGCUGAGAAGAACCGUAUCUACAUGAAGAGGCUGGGCAUUGCUUUUGUCACAUUUCGUGAUGAGAGGAUGACCGCUGUAAUUGUCAAGGACUACAGUUGCGUGCGCUGCCGACGCCGACCCCAGCAGUCCAGUAUCAGCACAGUGGUUCAGUCACACCAGUGGGGCAUCAGCUACGCUCCUGCUCCCAGUGACAUCAUCUGGGAAAACCUGUCAGUCUGCGGAUCUCGCUGGUGGCUUCGCUGCGUCCUGCUCAACAUCCUCCUCUUUCUGCUGCUCUUCUUCCUCACCACUCCUGCUAUCAUCGUCAACACCAUCGACAAGUUUAAUGUCACCAGGCCUGUGGAGAGCCUGAAGAGUCCUAUCAUCACUCAGUUCUUCCCAACCCUCCUGCUGUGGGUGUUUUCAGUCCUGCUGCCCUUUAUUGUCUACUAUUCGGCCGUCUUUGAGUCCCACUGGACCAGGUCCGGGGAGAACCAGGUCACCAUGCACAAGUGUUUUUUACUUCUGGUUUUUAUGGUCCUUAUCCUGCCUUCGCUCGGUCUCUCCAGUCUGGACCUGUUCUUCACUUGGCUUUUUGAUGUCAACUUUCUAGAUGAAAAGGAUGUCAAAUUCCAGUGUGUUUUUCUCCCGGACAACGGCGCUUUCUUUGUAAACUACGUCAUCACUUCCGGGCUCAUCGGCACCGCCAUGGAGCUGCUUCGCAUCCCCGCGCUGAUGGUGUACGGCCUUCGUCUUUGCUUUGCAAAAUCUCAGGCUGAGCGUAUUCAUGUCAAACGGAGUCAGACCUACGAGUUCCAAUUUGGCCUGGAGUACGCUUGGACCAUGUGUAUCUUUUCUGUCAGUGUGACCUACAGCAUCACUUGUCCUAUUAUUACACCCUUUGGUCUGCUGUAUGUGAUCCUAAAGCACAUGGUUGACCGCUACAACAUCUACUAUGCGUACGUUCCAACCAAGCUCAACCAGCGCAUCCACAGAGCUGCCAUCCAUCAGGUCAUCUUGGCUCCCAUCCUCUGUAUCUUCUGGCUGCUCUUCUUCUCCGUUCUUAGAUUAGGUGCAGUGCAUCCCAUAACCUUGUUUACUUUGGCGUCCCUGCUGUCCUCCAUUGUGGUUUCCUUUUUCCGCUUGUGCCUUAAAAAGCAACCUGACAAGUCAACAAGCUACCAGAUGUCUAAUCAACCAGCAGAGAGAACAUUCCAAGAAGCAGACAGGAGUACAGUUACUGCAACCACUGCUUCCAAUCUGUUUGUGGCGUCCGUCCUGCUGGAGCCGGAGCUCGCCUUGACCCCCAUGCCCUCCCCGGCCCACCACAGCUAUGGCGCCAUGGCCAGCUCCCAGAGUUCAGCCCACGGCCCAGCAGGAGAGGAGGAGGAGGAGGGAGACGAAGAGCACACCCAGACCCGUGAGACCGAGCUCCGAGACCCCCCUGACACCUCUUGCUCCAGCCCACUCAUCGACAGUCCAGCGGGCUACCAGUAA